GGGGGGGGGGGGGUUAUUGUAAGACUGAAUACCAACAAACUGAGGCCAUAUGAUAAUGCGCGUGCGGGGGCUCUGUGUAUGCUUAAUCCCAUUUCCUUAUCCGGGGUUUGUCUUGGAGGAUCGCCAUUGGCCGGCCGCCGUCACGUGGCUUCUUAACUUUGUUCACUUGACAGAAAAGUAGGAGGGUUCAGCGGAACAGGAAUAACCGAAGAGUAAAGGGAUGAGAUAUAAAUUUUAGUUAUAUAUUUUCCGAGUAGGUGCAAUUCCACAAAAAGACUCAAAUUAAUGGCCAUGAGCUCCUAUUUGAUCAACUCCAACUAUGUGGACCCGAAGUUCCCACCGUGCGAGGAGUACUCACAGAGCGACUAUCUGCCCAACCACUCUCCGGACUAUUACAGCUCCCAGAGGCAGGAGCCUGCCGCUUUCCAGGCGGACUCCGUCUACCACCACCAUCAGCACCCCGCACACCCCCAGAAUCCCCACCCGCACCGAGGCGAGCCGCCCUACACGCCGUGCCUGCGUGCGGGGCAGCCCGCCUCGGUGGUGAUGUCCCCGCGGGGUCACGUCCUCCCCCCGGCCGGUCUGCAGACCAGCCCCGUCCCGGAGCAAAGUAACCGCUGCGAUUCGGUGACACCCAGCCCGCCUCCUCCUCCGUCGUGCGGCCAAACGCCCCACAGCCAGGGCGCUUCUUCCCCCGCGAGCAAUCGCAAGGACCCCGUUGUCUACCCAUGGAUGAAGAAAGUCCAUGUAAACAUCCUGAAUCCAAACUACACAGGGGCUGAUGCCAAGCGGUCUCGGACGGCCUACACCCGCCAGCAGGUCCUGGAGCUAGAGAAGGAGUUUCACUACAACCGGUACCUGACGCGCAGGCGCAGGGUGGAGAUCGCGCACACGCUUUGCCUGUCAGAGCGGCAGAUCAAGAUAUGGUUCCAGAACCGGAGGAUGAAAUGGAAGAAGGACCACAAGAUGCCCAACACUAAGGUCCGCUCCGGGACAAACAGCAGCAGCAACACAAACUCCCAGGCCCUAACCGGCUCCCAGAACCGCUCCGCCGGACCUCUAUAGCCCGGCGCUUUUGCUCUUUGUCUCACGUGUGUCGUCCGUUUUCCUAUACCCGAUUCCCAAACCGAACGUCAAACCGGCAGCCACGCUUGUAACCCCCGGAACCUGCACUUUGGACCGGAUUAACCCUUUUACUCUGGAGGGAGGGGAGGAUGGAAGGUUGAUGUUACACACUGUCAUGACGUGGGAGGAUGGAGAGAGAGAGAGAUUUCCCACUCAUGAAAAAAAAAGAAAUGAACAAAAUGAACGAGGUGGCGAGGAAGGAGAGUGACAGAAAUGAAAAAGAAAGAUGCGGCCGCUUCUUUGCUUUCAUCCCCGCCAUUCUUCCCUCUCUGCGUCUCUUUCUCUGCUUUUUAUAUCUCUGUCUUUUUAUACCCCCCCUCUCUCCUCUCUGUGAGAGAGCAUAAGACAGUAGGCUGACCAUAGCGUGCUCCAGUGUGUGUGUGUGCGUGAGUGUGUGUGUGUGUGUUUGUGGGCGUGCGCGCGUGUGGUUCCUGUCCUUUUUUUCUAUCCGAGACAUUUUUUUUGGUGAAGAUGGAUCCUCGUUUUCAUCUUUAAUCAUGCCAAACUCGGGCCCCAUUUGUCAUGUUUACUCUGCGGGUACAAAGCAAAGGGGUGAACCGCGGCUCUGCCCAUUACCCCUCGCGUCUGCACUCCCCACCUCCAUCUCACACACAUACACAUACACCCUCCCACCCCACUCAAGCACUCAAACACGCACGUGUAAUAAAUGGAACCCUCGUUUCGUAUUAAGUAUUUUUACACACACACACACAUACAUACAUGCUAAAAAAUAAUAACUGUUUUUUUCUGUUUCUGUUUUUGUGUUUGCGGUUCAGGACAAACUAGCCUUAGAGAUUUUUUUAAAUUGGACUGGUAGUUCCUCUUGAAUUGCGUGUUGGUUGUUAAAUGUUGAAUGCAGUCGGUCAGGAUGACGUGCGUGUAGUUGUGUGGUCCGUUGAUUGUUCACGUUGUGUCCAUGUUGUGUACAGGGAAACAGACUGACAGGGUGAGUCCAUGAAGCCUAAACAAAGGACACUGACGUUCAAACCAAAUUCCUGGUACAAAUAGCCCAAGAACACACUAUAAACGCAGCACUAUACAAUGUACUACCUAUUACCUCAGCUGUACUUAUAUAUAUAUAUAUAUACAUAUAUAUAUUAUUAUUGAUAAUAUUAUUAUUUUGUAAUCUUAUUUCUCUUACUCGUUGAAUGAAGUGACCGCUUUUCGAGCUUUUAUAUUUUUUAAAUUGUGUGACCAGUUAUUAUAAUAAUUAUUAUCACUACCUGCAAUACAGAAAAAGCGCUAUUCAUUUCUUCUAUGUGAAAAGUUAUUUAAUUCUAAGUGAAACGGUUCAAGCCAGAGACAUUGAGAAAAGUGAGCAGCUUGUGAAUGCAUGUCCGAAUGAUGUGGAUUCUUUUUCUUCUUCCUUUUCCGCUUUUUGCUCGUUGUCUCAUCUUUGUUGUGUCCGCACAUGAAAUGCGCGCACACCUCUCCUCUUCCUCCUCUUCCUCUCUCCUCUCUCCUCCUUGUGCCACUUUUCUUCUGUAAUUGUAUUUUUCAGUUAAUGUUAUUUUUUUACAUUCCAAAGAUCAGUUUCUUCCGCAUGAUGAUGAUGAUAAUGAUGAUGAUGAUGAUGAUGAUGAUGAUGUGUAUGAUAACUAAUGAUAGUAUUGUUGAACAUGUGUUACCUCCCCAGAAAUGUAAGUUGCGCCUUCCUCUACUUAUGCCCACUCAGUGUCUACCUUCUUAUUUGUGAAUAGUCCAUUGAAAUUUAAAUAAAUGGCUGAAAAGUGUUA